AGUCUGUGUGUGUAUUAAUUAUGUGCAGUAAGUAGUAGUACGUAGGAGAGAUUUCAGCAGCAGCAGCAGUUAGAAGAAGAUCCAAUCCAAUUGUUCAGCUGUACGUACGGAGCAACUCACCCCUAUAUAUUAUUAUUCAUCACCUCCGAUUCUUGUUCAGCAGCGGCGGUUAUUUGGAAAUUAUUAGUAAGUGGGAUGGGAAAGCCGCCGCAGUUGAACAACUCACCGGCGGUGGUUGCUUGAAGAAGAUAAAAAAAUAAUGGGUUCUGAGCAUAAUGGGUUCCCGCCACCUCCGAUUCUUGCUCCUCGCCCUAUGCGUAAAAGAUGGAUAGGAUGUUGUGGGGGUGGAUUGUCUUGUUUCGGAAAACAAAAAGGUGGAAAACGUAUUGCACCUGCUGCCCGAAUGCGAGAGGCCAAUCAGCUGCCAAACGGACCCCAAUCAGCUCCCAACCAGACGACUACUAUUGCUACUACUACUACUACAGGACUGGUGGCUCUGUCUCUUUUAGCCCCGCCUUCUUCACCUGCAUCCUUUUCAACCCCUUCAACAGCUCAAUCACCAAACUGUUACUCGUCUCCGGGGGGCCUAGCGUCGUCGUCGUCCGGUAAUAUGUUUGCUAUAGGUCCAUAUGCCCACGAGACUCAACUUGUGUCUCCUCCUGUUUUCUCCACAUUCACGACCGAACCAUCCACGGCUCCUCUCACACCGCCGCCAGAGAUGUCACACCUCACUACCCCAUCUUCUCCUGAUGUCCCUUACGCUCACUUCCUCUCAUCAUCAAUCACUGCUGGGGACCGCUCCUCAUGGGACCCAUCUUCAGUUCCCCCCACCCAACAAGAUUUCAAGUCUUCUCAUCAAGAUUCUAAUUUUUUCUGCCCAGACACGUUUGCACAGUUUUACAUUGAUCACUCCUCACUCCCUCAUUCUGGUGGGAGGAUCAGUGUUUCUAAGGAAUCCGAUGCUGCAUAUUCAGAUACAAGAAACCAGAGCAAGCAGAGUACAACCUGGUGUAAACAACAGGAGACAGAGGAGAUGGGAGAGGCUUACAGGGCAUCCUUUGGUUUCAGCGCUGAUGAAAUCGUCACUACAACUAAUUCAAAGUAUGUGGAGAUUUCUGAUGCUGCUGUCUUAGAUAAAGUUGAUGAUGAUGAUGAUGAGGAUGAUGACACCUCAUUAUUUACCAUCACACCUUUUGCCUCCGGAGAGCAACCUCAAGAACAUAUGAUGAACUUAUCAACAGAUAAAGCAGAGAAGGGUCAGAAAAAUAUGGCUACCCCACAAUAUCUCAGAGCAAGCUCAUAUCGUGUUCUGGGGCCAAACAGCAAUAUACCAGUGCGGAAGCAUUCUAGAGAUAAGUCUGGACAAAACUUUCAUGGUGAGAGUGACGAGGAGGAGGAGGAGGAGGAUGGGUUCUCCUCCAACAAGAUGGGGAAUUCUAGAUAUGGCAGAAAACACCCACCCGGUUCAUCUAGCUCAGACGCAGAGAUAGAUUAUAGGAGAGGAAGAAGAAGAAGCUCGAGGGAAGGAAAAGGGUAUUUCUUCUGAUGUUGUGUUAGUCAGCAGUAUCUUAGUAGUAGCAAUAAUCAUAAUAAUGUCUACUACUACUUAUGCAUUUACGUUUCACUGUCUUGUGGGAUUGAGCAGUUGAGCUUAUACUUCUUCUUAGCUCUCUCUCUCUCUCUCUCAAGUUGUCUCAAGGCAUAGUCUCUAACCGUGUUAAAGUAUAUAGGUGUAGAAAUGUUACUGCUAAAGUGAAGAAGUAUGUAUAAGGCAGUCUUGUAAUGUGUGUGUAGUUGUAGAUUGACAGAUUGCUGGUGGGGCCGGACGCGUGGUAAUUAAUAAUCACACAAAUCAUUC